GCGAGCCGAGAGCGGAGCUCGGAACUGACUGGGAACUUCUGCGGCGCUGCGACUUGCCAGUAUCAGCCCGGGAACUUUUUGCAAGAGGAGUAGAGAAGGGUGCAAGUGCCCCACUUUUGUUCUUUCUCCCCUUCCUCCUCCUCCUCUCCAAGUCGCCUUUCCCAUUUGGAGCAGGCAGCUGCGGACCAGCCACCCCAGCGCCAGCCUCCUCGGGAGCCGCUCGUUCCGCGUCCGCGUCCUCGACCGGGCAGCAGAGGGGAGAGGAGCCGCGCCUUGAGUCCCCGAGCCGCAGCGGCUUCUCGCCUUUCCCAGCCACCCGCCCCCUGCCCCGGGCCCGCGUAUGAAUCUCCUGGACCCCUUCAUGAAGAUGACCGACGAGCAGGAGAAGGGCCUGUCCGGCGCCCCCAGCCCCACCAUGUCCGAGGACUCGGCCGGCUCGCCCUGCCCAUCGGGCUCCGGCUCGGACACGGAGAACACGCGGCCGCAGGAGAACACGUUCCCUAAGGGCGAGCCGGACCUGAAGAAGGAGAGCGAAGAGGACAAGUUCCCCGUGUGCAUCCGCGAGGCGGUCAGCCAGGUGCUCAAGGGCUACGACUGGACCCUGGUGCCCAUGCCCGUGCGCGUCAACGGCUCCAGCAAGAACAAGCCGCACGUCAAGCGGCCCAUGAACGCCUUCAUGGUGUGGGCGCAGGCGGCGCGCAGGAAGCUGGCGGACCAGUACCCGCACCUGCACAAUGCCGAGCUCAGCAAGACGCUGGGCAAGCUCUGGAGACUUCUCAACGAGAGCGAGAAGCGGCCCUUCGUGGAGGAAGCCGAGCGGCUGCGCGUGCAGCACAAGAAGGACCACCCGGAUUACAAGUACCAGCCCCGGCGGAGGAAGUCGGUAAAGAACGGCCAGGCGGAGGCGGAGGAGGCCUCGGAGCAGACGCACAUCUCCCCGAACGCCAUCUUCAAGGCGCUGCAGGCCGACUCUCCGCACUCCUCGUCCGGCAUGAGCGAGGUGCACUCGCCCGGCGAGCACUCGGGGCAAUCCCAGGGCCCACCGACCCCACCCACUACUCCCAAAACCGACGUGCAGCCUGGCAAAGCUGACCUGAAGCGAGAGGGGCGCCCCCUGCCCGAGGGGGGCAGACAGCCCCCCAUCGACUUCCGCGAUGUGGACAUCGGCGAGCUGAGCAGCGACGUCAUCUCCAACAUCGAGACCUUCGACGUGAACGAAUUUGACCAGUACCUGCCCCCCAACGGUCACCCGGGGGUGCCGGCCACGCACGGCCAGGUCACCUACACGGGCAGCUACGGCAUCAGCAGCACCGCAGCCACCCCGGCGGGCGCGGGCCACGUGUGGAUGUCCAAGCAGCAGGCGCCGCCGCCCCCGCAGCAGCCCCCGCAGGCCCCGCCGGCCCCGCAGGCCCCCUCGCAGCAGCAGCAGGCACCCCCACAACAGCAGGCCGCGCCCCCGCAGCCCCAGCAGGCGCACACCCUGACCACGCUGAGCAGCGAGCCCGGGCAGUCGCAGCGAACGCACAUCAAGACGGAGCAGCUGAGCCCCAGCCACUACAGCGAGCAGCAGCACUCGCCUCAGCAGAUCGCCUACAGCCCCUUCAACCUGCCGCACUACAGCCCCUCCUACCCGCCCAUCACCCGCUCGCAGUACGACUACACCGACCACCAGGGCUCUGGCUCCUUCUACAGCCACGCCGCCGGCCAGGGCUCUGGUCUCUACUCUACCUUCACCUACAUGAACCCCGCCCAGCGCCCCAUGUACACCCCCAUCGCCGACACCUCCGGGGUCCCUUCCAUCCCGCAGACCCACAGCCCACAGCAGUGGGACCAGCCCGUCUACACACAGCUCACCAGGCCUUGAGGAGACCUGGAACAAAGGGCAGCGAAGGGGCUGAGAUGCUCAUAAAAAUAACCGAAGAAAGAAAGAACCAGAAUUUCCUUUGGACAUUUUUGUUUUGUUUUGUUUUCUCCUGUUUCUUAAAGACAUGAGAGCUAAAGGCGACUCGUACAGAGAUUCCAAGACAGAAACAUUAUGUAUCCAAACGCAUGACCAACUUGUUGCCUGUGAAUCGGUGGCCAGGCCAGCAGCACUGGAGACAAACUGGACUUAGACUUUUUCGUCAGAGCAAGUGUGGAGGAUGAUGGAGAAUCGUGCGACUAAUGUGCUCAAUCUCCCUGCCUGUCUGGACUUUGUAAUUAUUUUUUAGCAGUAAUUAAAGAAAAAAAGUCCUCUGUGAGGAAUAUUCUCUAUUUUAAAUAUUUUUAGUAUGUACUGUGUAUGAUUCAUUACCAUUUGAGGGGAUUUAUACAUAUUUUUAGAUAAACUAAAUGCUCUUAUUUUUCCAACAGCUGAACUACUCGUAGUUGAACAGUGUGCCCUAGCUUUUCUUGCAACCAGAGUAUUUUUGUACAGAUUUGCUUUCUCCUACAAAAAAGAAAAAAAAAAAAAGCAAAGUAUGUCAUUAUAUUAACAUAAAAAAGACAGAAAUGUGUUCUGUGAUUAGUUUGGGGGGUGAGCUUUGCUUAAUUCCUCAGGCUUUCAGAGAUUCAAGGAGGAGCUGCCUUAAUACAGAAAAAAAAAACAACUAAAGCCUUAUUUUGCAAAUAUGGAAGUCAACAAAUAGUCUAGAGACACAUUUGGUAAGCUUUAUCAUAUAUGUAUAGAUAUAUAUUUUAAACAAGAGGAAAACACCUUGAGCCUUAAAACCAUGCUGCUGGAAAAAUACUUGUGCUCUUUUUAGUGGGAGUCCUCCUGCCUUUGCUUGUUCGCUGCAGUCUUAAGAAAGAAGCAAAAGGCCAGCAAAGGAGACGGAAUCUGUGUAGGUGCCGCAUCAGCAGCCAGCAAGUGUCCCAGAGCUCUGCCCCUGGUUGCCUGCUCGGGCCCCAUGUGGACCCCAGAUGCUGAAGUCUACCUACUCACAUUGUCACCUGUGCCUGUCUGAACACCAGCAGUUAACCUUCAAGACAUUCCACGUGCUAAAAAAAUUAUUUAUUUUGUAAGGAGAGGUUUUAAUGGAAAAAAAAAUCUUCCUCCUUUUUUUUUUUUUUUUUAAUUUGCCUUCUUUAAAAUAGGUUGUUGGAGCCUUCCUCAAAGGGUAUGGUCAUCUGAUGUUAAAUUAUGUCCUUAACUGUAACCAGUUUUUUUAUUUAUCUCUUUAAUCUUUUUUUAUUAUUAAAAGCAAGUUUCUUUGGA